CUGUACGGAGCUGUACACGUGCAACGUCUAUGCACGCACGAAAGGAGAACACGUUCGAUUGAAGUCUCACUCACCAAAUUUGGUUGUAGCUUCCUGUGUUCAAAGCUGCUCCACGAUGGCGCGCUCGUCCCGCGUGUUCGAGCGGUAUCUAUUCGCUGCCUUUCUCCACCGCCAAAACUGGUCCAACUUCACCACACUGAGGAGUUCAAUCACCAAAGCUGCACGACUCCCAAGGAUGGACUAUCAGGAUGCCGUGUGCACGCUCAACACGCUGCAGACCAACGCCGCCGCCCUGGAGCAGGUGCGGAGGGAGCGCGGGAACCCGGAGUUGCAGCUGCAGGCCAUGCGCGCCUUCCUGCAGCGCUCUGGGCUGACGGUGGAUGAGCUGGACCAUCUAAAUAUCAUCCAUGUGACCGGUACAAAGGGGAAGGGAUCGACGUGUGCUUUCGCCGAACAGAUCCUAAGGAAUUACGGAUUCCGCACAGGAUUUUACAGCUCGCCGCAUUUGGUCCAGGUUCGUGAGAGAAUCCGGAUCGAUGGCCAGCCAAUCAGCAAAGAGCUCUUCACAAAGUACUUCUGGCAGGUGUAUGGGCGCCUGGAUGAGACAAAGGAAGCCCACGGCGGCAGCAUGCCGGCCUACUUCCGCUUCCUCACCAUCCUGGCCUUCCACGUCUUCCUGAAUGAGAAGGUGGACUUGGCGGUGAUCGAGGUUGGAAUUGGAGGAGCAUAUGACUGCACAAACAUCAUAAAGAAACCGUGGGUGUGUGGCGUGUCUUCCUUAGGCAUUGACCACACCAGCAUCCUGGGAGACACCAUAGAGAAGAUCGCCUGGCAGAAAGGUGGCAUCUUUAAGCCUGGAGUUCCGGCCCUCACUGUGAAGCAGCCUGAUGGACCAAUGGCUGUGCUAGAGGAGAGAGCAAAGGAGAUUGGGUGCUCCCUGCAGGUGUGUCCCGAGCUGGAGGAGUACCCGGUGCCGAGCGGGUCGCUGCAGCUGGGCCUGGCGGGUCAGCACCAGCACUCCAACGCCUCCCUCGCCCUGCAGCUCAGCCAAGCCUGGCUACAGCGCCACUACCAGCCAGAUGAGCCCCUCCCCUCUUCUGCGAAUGAGCACUCAGGUCUGACCCAGGCCCCGCCCUUCCAGCCCAGCCACAUCAUGCUGAAAGGACUGAAGGACACCGAGUGGCCGGGUCGAACCCAAACGCUGCAGCACGGCCCCAUCGCCUACUUCCUGGACGGAGCCCACACCACGCGCAGCAUGCUGGCCUGCGUGCGCUGGUUCAGCGAGGCCGCCGCCCAGCUGGAGCGGGCCGCUGGGGUCCCGGCGGUCAGGGUUCUUCUGUUCAACGCCACAGGCGAGCGCGACUCGGCUGCCAUGCUGAAACUGCUGGUGCCUUGCCACUUCGACUUUGCUGUUUUCUGCCCCAAUAUCACAGAGGUGCUGGCGUCCAGUAAUGCAGACCAGCAGAACUUCAAUGUAACCGUGGAGAACAUGCUGACCCGUUGCCUGGACAACCAGAGCAGCUGGAGGACCCUGAGCGGGCAGGGGGCGCAGCCGAGUGCCGAGCUGCUGAUCCCGGGCAGCUUCCCCAUGGUGGCCGAGCGGAGGGGCACGGACACGCUGGUGUUCCCCUGCAUCUUGAGCGCCCUCCAGUGGAUCGGCCAGGGAAGGGACCCCGUGCUCUCCGUCGCGGGCAAGCGUGUGGCGCCCGUGCAGCCCAGCGUCGCCGCCAAAGCCGAGCCCCUCAGGGAGGCCGCCAAAAUCCACGUGCUCAUCACCGGCAGCCUGCACCUGGUGGGCGGGGUCCUCAAACACCUGGACCCUGCCUCCACGGCCUAACCGAGAAAUUACAUCACUCACUGCUCAACUCGAUGUGACAGAGGUUGCCAAGUUUAAUAUUUGGUCUCUUGGGAGGGGCUCGUUCUAGGUAGUCGAUGAGGAAGGGACUAGCAAGGGCAUGGGGAAGUAGCCAAUCAGAUUCCAGUUCACCAAAACUUGAAAAUCCUGUUAUUUGUGUCUGCUCUCUUCAGUUGCCAGCUGCAUUCUCUCUCUCUCUCGUACCCUCUCAUUCUCACUUCCACUCUUACACGCCCUGUAGCCUUACCAUGUGCCACAGUGACCCAUUACACUAAUUGUCCCGAUACUUGAAGGAAGCUGUUUACAUUAGCAUUGGGCUGAUUUCCGUCAUCACGGUUUGGUGUGUACAGGAAUACAUUGUUGUUUUUUUUCUCUGGCAAAUACUGGAUUACACUGUUUUCAUGCUUUUUUUUAGCCCAGGUGUGAGCCCCUGCACCUUGAAUUUAGAUUUGCUUGUUUACUCUUAGGUUUGCUCCUCAUUGGCUUGCGACUGUAGAGAGUUGAGAGUUGAGUUCAGAGGUUUAUUUAAUGUUGAAUCCUGCACAAACUUUUGUGAUGCAGGGUGGAGUUUUUUGUUUUUUGUUUUGUUUUUUUUAAACCCAACAAUUGAUAUGGAUUACAAGUAUAACUAUUAUGCAUUAAUUUACUAGCUUCAAUCUCAUGUUAAAUGGGAAUUUUCAUGCCUUUGAAAUAUUUGUGCUUAAUUUUUCCCUGCCAUUGUGUGGCCAAUGUAAAUAUCAGGUGAUCAUCUUGGAUAGUAUUUUUUUACUGUCAGCCUUGUGCCAUGAUUCUCAUAAUAUUGAUCUGUACAAUGAAUUCUGUGAAUUAAAAAAAAAGAUAAAUGUUUAUAUAAAAUUUAAAUAAGCCUAAUAAUAAUUUAACAAGUGUGAAUUUAAUUGUUUAUUACAAUUAAAGGAAAGGCCUAUUGCGUUCAGUAGGCCACCCUCGCCGCAUUGGCCACCCUCCAGGGUGCAUUCUGAUGGCUCAUUAGCGCUAAUCUGUUCCCUUGCCUUUUUGACGUGUUCCAAAUUACACAUGGACGUGAUCGCAUGAACUAAAUAUGUGGUCUCGAACGGUAUAGAAUAUUUGAAAAUGACUAAAUUAUGCUAAUGAUUUGAAAUUUGGGAAAUGGAAUUAAUUUAUUUAAAAAGAAGUCGUUCGAGCGGAAGUUGUUUUUAGCUCGGUGUUACCACUAUUUUCAGCACCGUUAGCCCACGCACAAGAACAAAAGGUGUAGGCCUAUGAACCGUUUUGGUGAUUUGGUUAACAAACGCUCCUUAUUGGUUGUUGAUUCGUUGUCGACACAACUCUGGCAGACAUUAGCUUAAGUAAAACUGCAAGAGUGUAGGCUACACCUGGUCACAGGUGGAAGUACAGUUGAUCUCUGAAUGAGUGAAUGCCAUCUGGUAUCAAACGCAUUAUGGUGAAGGGUGCCAUCUUUACACAGACUGACUAAAAUUUUUACAUUUGUUUUGUACGGAAAGGCCACGUUCUUUGCGGUCUAUAUGUCUCAACCUCUUUUUAUGUGGAACAUCAUAUUCUUCACGUUUCCUUGAAUAAACAUGUUUCCAAAUGUCAGAAA